GUUUAUCUUAUCUUUGAGUUCUUUAUAUUUGGGUUAAUGCAGAUAUCCAUUAAUUGUAAAUAGUUUUUUAAUAAGUAAUUGAGUGAUAAAUGUGAUAAUUCAAAACAAAUUGAAAAAUUUCAAAAAAAUAUGUCAACGAUCGUUACGUUAGAUUUACCUCAGGGUAAAAUAAUGGGAGAAAAAGUAAUACUCUCUCAUGAGAAACUAUAUUACAAAUUUUUUGGAAUUCCAUAUGCUAAACCACCAGUUGGUAGUUUAAGAUUUCAAAAUCCCCAACCUCUUGAGCACUUCCCGAAAGAGCUCUUAGAUUGUACAAAACAACCAAAUUCUUCACUUCAAUUCAACGCUUUUACUAAAGAAGUGACAGGUUCCGAAGAUUGCCUAUAUUUAAAUGUUUAUUCGCCAGAUGUUACAAGCGAAAAUAAGUUUCCAGUUAUAGUUUAUAUUCAUGGGGGAGGAUUUAUGACAGGAUACGGCAACCGACAUAUAUUAUAUCCAAAAUUUUUGAUAGAGGAAAACGUUAUUUUGGUUACAGUCAACUAUAGAUUAGGUGCUUUUGGAUUUUUAAGUUUACCAGAUGGUGGCAUUUCGGGAAAUUAUGGUCUUAAAGAUCAGCAGUUGGCUUUGAAAUGGAUUCAAGAAAACAUCACAUCAUUUAAUGGUGAUCCAAAAAAUGUAACAUUAUUUGGUCAAAGUGCCGGAGCAGCAUCAGCUCAUUUUCAUUUUUUGUGCAAUGAGUCCCGAAAAUAUUUUCAUAAAUUAAUAUGCCAUAGCGGUUUGGCCACGAUGGAAUGGGCAAUAUCUCAAAAUGCACAAGAAAAAGCUUUUAAACUAGCAGAAUGUCUUGGUUUCACAGGAAAUGCUGUUGAUACGGCACAUUUUCUUCAAAAAUUUGAAAAUUCACAUGAACUUAUUGCAAGUAUGUAUAAGGUGCUGUCAAAAGAAGAGAGGGGACACUUUUUAAGGCUUCCAUUUGGUCCAGUAAUCGAAUCACCGAAUAGCGAGAAACCAUUUAUUACUAAAAAUCCAAUCGAUAUAAUAAAAACAGAACAAUUUGCCGAAAGUAUUCCAAUUAUAAUGGGUUAUACAUCACAAGAAGGAAUAAUGCUAAUGGCCUAUAGUUCGAAAACCGUCGAAGAAAUUGAUUUAGAUUUAUCGUGUUUGAUUCCAAGCACAAUAUGCGAACCGGAAAGUCACCAAUGUAAAAAUAUUGUAAAUAAAGUUCGAAAAUUUUAUUUUAAUGGAAAAUCCAUUGAAGAUGUUAGUAAGUUGUGCGAAGCUUUGGGAGAUAUUUGUUUUGUAGUUGAUUUUCAUAAAACUGUUGAGCUUCAUAAUGAAUAUCAGUCUCAAUCGCCAUUAUAUUGUUUCAAGUUUGCAUAUGAUGGGAAAUUAAAUUUUUAUAAAGUACGUUACAAAUACGAGCACAUUAAAGGUGCUUGUCAUGGCGAUGAAUUGUAUUAUCUUUUUUAUCCGAAUGAAGCUGCUGAGCAUGUGCAACCAAGUGAACAGGAUUUACAAAUGGUAAAAACUUUGUGCAAAGUUUGGACUUCUUUUUCAAAAUAUGGAAAUCCUACACCAGACAAAAAAGAAAAAUGCUCUGAAAAUAUUGAUUUUGUUUGGAAUCCGCUAUCAAAACUUGAAAAUAAAAAGUUUUCUUUCGAUUGUUUAGAAAUAGAUAACAAAUUUGCAAUUGUUAAAGAUCCCGAUGGAGAAAGAGUUGAGUUCUGGAAACAAUUAUUAUUUGAAACCAAAAGAAAUUACUAAGGUGAAAUUUAUUAUGAAUUUGAUAUGGUUAACAAACUGUUAGUUUUCCAAUCCCACCAAACCAAAAUCAAGAAAUGUUUAAUAUCUGUAUAUAAUGUUGAUUUUUAUACAAAAUAAUUUAACUAAAUAAAAAUACAUUAAAAAAAAGCAAAAAUACAACGUUUACUCACAAUUUGCUUGGUACUACAAAACGGUUCAUUACUUUAAAUUUAAAAAUUCCAUUUCUUGUUUGAUUUGUACUGUUUUUCUGGUUAAUUGUAAAAUAAAUAUCUUCAAAAAUAAAUAAAG